AGAAAGAAAGAAAGAAAGAAAGAAAGAAAGAAAGAAAUCAUUCCCGUUGAUGACACUUUUUGUAUUAGUAUUUUUUUAUCGUUAUCGGGAUAAAUGCCAGAAAUUAUCGUGAUACAUUUUUUAGUCCAUACCGCCCAUCCCUAUCUCUGACUAAAAGCUCAUAAAAAGUUCUUGAUUCAUUGAACGUAAAUGUGAAAAGGGAAAGUUCUGUAAAAGGGGACAUCAAUAUGCCACAGGAGAUAUCUCUGAAGAGGGGGAAACAAGAAAAUAAUUCUCUUGCUCUCUUCGCAGAUAUCUCCCAAGAAAGUCCAGUCAUCCGAACGCCGUUGCCCAAAACUAUUGUUCGAGGGAACCGGCCGCCAAAAGAUGCCUCCAUUAACGGCCUGCUGGAGGAGUUCGACAACAUUUCGGUAACGCGCUCCAACUCCCUGCGUAAGGAGAGCCCGCCGGGCGCCCACCAGGCCGGGAUCGGCUCCAAGCCCCUGGGCGGCGGCGGCGGGCACGCCGCCACCCCGGAGGAGAACGGAUUCAACCACUACUACUCCCGCUACUCGUGCGACCUGGACACCUCCAGCAGGGACUUCUCGCUGGAUCCCGGCAAGCCCAGCUUCUCCAUAGACGGCGACUGGGCCGUGGGGAGGCACUACCGAUUCACCAAGCAGAACGGCCACUUCCACACCAUCCGCAGCCCCUUCUACCCGGACGCCAUGCCUCCCAAGUCGGACUACGGCAAGCUCCCCCCCGAUUAUCACGCGUACUUGGAGAGCAAAGGGCGCUCCAUCGACGAGGUGGCCUCCACGAUGGGGAGCGGGGUGGGCUCCAGCGGCUACUACCGCGCCUCGGUGGGGGGCUCGUCCAGCCAGGACUACCGGGACACGUCGGUGGGCACGCCCUCCCGCGCGUCCCUGCACAGCGAGCAGAUCAACUACCCGGACAGCGAGUGGAGCUACGGCGGCCUGCGGGACGAGUACGACAAGAGGCCCAAGAGCUCGUACGUGACCCAGACCAGCCCCACGCCGGCCAUCAGGCAGCGGUCCCGCUCGGGGUCCGGCCUGCAGGAGCAGAUCGUUCCGUACGCCGCCAGCGGGGUCUUCAAGGCCCCCCCGCAGGCCCACCCGUACAGCUCCUACACCUACCCGCGCCUCUCGGAGAGUCUCACGGCCAACUCACAGGCCAUGGCCAAGGGCGACUACGAGCGUCGUGAUGAAAUCCCCCCGGUUGCAGGUGGCGACACUUGUCCUCGAGGGCCUCUUAAGCUACCUCAGAGCCACAUCAAACCCCCCGGCUACCCCCCAGCACACCUACCGUACCCGCCGCUCUUUCACCACUACAAGCCCUCGCCCUACCACCACCCCCCGUCCCAGCCCAGCCCACCAUACACCCCUCAGGGGGCCUACUCACAGCCCUCAUCACCCUACGUCCUUCCGGGGGCUUACCCUCCUCCGUCAUGGGGGUCCAGCUCUGACACCCAGCCCUCCAGGGUCUCCCAUGAGCAGUUCAGAGCUGCACUUCAGCUGGUGGUCAACCCAGGUGACCCUCGGGAAUACCUGGACAACUUUAUCAAGAUCGGCGAGGGCUCCACGGGCAUCGUGUGCAUCGCCAGCGAGAAGCACAGCGGGAAGCAGGUGGCGGUGAAGAAGAUGGACCUACGGAAGCAGCAGAGGAGAGAGCUGCUCUUUAAUGAGGUGGUGAUCAUGAGGGACUACCACCAUGAAAACGUUGUGGACAUGUACAACAGUUACCUGGUGGGAGACGAGCUGUGGGUCGUCAUGGAGUUUCUUGAGGGUGGAGCACUUACAGACAUUGUGACCCACACCAGGAUGAACGAGGAGCAGAUCGCCACCGUGUGCCUGUCGGUGCUGAAGGCUCUGUCCUACCUGCACACGCAGGGCGUCAUCCACCGGGACAUCAAGAGCGACUCCAUCCUACUGACCAGCGAUGGGAGGAUCAAGCUGUCAGACUUCGGAUUUUGUGCCCAAGUUUCUAAAGAGGUUCCCAAGAGGAAGUCUCUGGUGGGCACGCCCUACUGGAUGGCGCCGGAGGUCAUCUCGAGACUACCUUACGGGACCGAGGUGGAUAUCUGGUCUUUGGGCAUCAUGGUGAUCGAGAUGGUGGACGGAGAGCCCCCGUACUUCAACGAGCCCCCUCUGCAGGCCAUGAGGAGGAUACGAGACAACCUGCCGCCGCGGCUAAAAGAGUCUCACAAGGUGUCGACUGUGCUGCGCUCCUUCCUGGACCUGAUGCUGGUGAGGGAGCCGUCCCAGAGAGCCACGGCCCAGGAACUCCUCCAGCACCCCUUCCUGAAGCUGUCGGGACCCCCCUCGUGCAUCGUCCCCCUCAUGAGACAUUACCGCCACCGCUGACCUGCUGGCCCGAACCGCCCUCCUCCACACUUAAAAGACUGCACACGUUCACACCCCCACCAGGGUGGCACUGCCCUCACCCCCACCGCACAGCGGCGCGCCACUAACACUCACACCUGUAACCGUGAAGUAGAUUAGCUAGAGGAAUAUCUUUAAAACACAUGUCGGAGAAGUGAAGAAAAACACACAAACAAAAAAAAAAUCGACGGUAUUAACCUUUGAACUGGAACAGAAGAGCGCACUGGCGAGGCACGUGAGCUUCUUCCCAGACGGCGAGUCUUUGGCUCCACGCAGACUCCAAGUAGCCAUCGGUCUUCCAGAGCUUCAGAAAGACGUGGCGAGUGGCUGAUGAGGCGGAGGGACCCGGAGGGAAACCGGGUGACCCGCGUUACCGGCGACGCCGCCGCUCCAGGGUCCAACAAUCAGCGCAGAGAGAGAGAGAGAGGUUUUUGACUGCCGUCGGGCCGCCGCUCGGCCGCUCGCACAGGGACGAGCUCGCUCGCAUCCCUCUUCUCACACGCGAAGAGCCAAAAUGUAUUUUAGACAAACUUGUAAGAUUUUCUGUACAGUUUUGAUAAUUUGCAGUAUUUUAUCGUGUCGUAACCAUUGUGAUAUGAGCAGUAUUAAAUAGUUUCUGCAGAGAUCUUUCCUACUGUUUAUAAUCCAGUUUUUGCUUAAAGAAGAUAUGAGAUGUUCCAAAUGAAUCCACUUAAACUUAACUGUUACCAAAAGAAAAAACAAACAAAAAACCUUAAUAUAUUUAUUAUCUCACAUUUGUAGACAGAACUACCAUUAAAUGUUGGAAAAAAAGGGUAAUGUCAGAAUUUUGUAUGACAUUUUAAAAGUAUUUAUUUAUUUAUUGGGAUCGAAAGUAUAUUUUUUAUUUGUAGUGUGGCCUUUUUUUUGUUUAUUUUGUUUGUUUUCUUCUUUUGUUGGGUUUUGAUUGACAUUUCUAACGGCACAUCGGCAGGCAGUGAUAUCAGUUGUAAUAUCAUCCAAGCAAUACCCCAGACCCCGUUUCUAAACCCACAGAUCCCUGCUUGUACAACGACAACAUGCAUUUAAAUGUAGCACAGAUUCAGUGGAUUUUACACAAUGAAAAGAUCUAUUUCUUGCAGACCUUUUUUUUUUUCUUUGUUUUUCUUUUCUUUUUAUAUUUGCAGUCUCGCCUGCGUUUCUUUAAAAUGCUUCAUCCGGGACGCCUCCCCGCGGCGCCGGGUUCAGGAUGCUGAUAAAAGGUCUCGUUUUUUCUACUCGCAUCCUCGCUGUCAUCAUCUCAGUCCUUAUCCCACUUCAGUCAGACGCUCGUGCUAUCACUCGAACUGCGCUGCCAUUCUCAUCUCUGGUCGGACCAGGAGAACAGUGUAACCCCCCUCCUCCCCCCACAUCGUUUUUUAACCCAUCAGUCACUGUGAUAUGUAAAUAUGGCUGUGCGUAUGAGUCUGUGUUUGUGGAAGAGCAACAGAACGGCAGCGUGUUUAUCUCUGUACAGCAUCUGAAAGUGUGUGUCUGUGUGUGUGCGUGUGCGUGCGUGCGUGCGUGUAUGUGUGUGUGUGCGUGUGUGUGUGUGUGUGUCGCGGCUAAUCCUUGACGACAUGUCAAGAUCUGAAUGAGUUACAGUUAUCUGUGGUUUUGGCUUGUACAGUGAUAUUGCAUGUUUGUUAUCAGUGAAUCUGGUUUCAAUUAAAAAAAAAUACACAUAAAAGCAUUCGGAUGUUUGCAUGGAUUUUUCUUUCCGUGUCUCAUAUCAAGCAGGGUUUUUUUUUUGUUUUUUUUUUGUUUUUGUUAUUUUUGUCAGAUUACGGCAUCAUCAUCACUUUAUUUUGGUUUUGUUCCAAAUCGCAUAUUUGUGGACCUAAUUACGAUUUUGAGUAAGUGUGCGCACACUGACAAUUCUGCCUUAAUGCUUAUCGUCAAAAAAUAAACACUUGUGGAUAUCUAGUGGACCAGACUCUUGCUCUUGUUAGCCACAUCCAUGAGUGCAAACUGCCCUUUAGACAGAUGGAUUUAUAUUUGUGAGGCAAGUUAAACCCUAUUAUUUUUGUUUAUACUCUUCAAGUUAUUCCAAAGCAAUAAAAAUCAUCUUUAUUGUUUCCAUUUUUAAAUAUACAUUUUAAGAUCAGUGUUAUCCCUUCCUAUUUCUGUUCUCCCCCUAUUUAAGAGUGAAUUUUAGUGUUAUUUUUUAUUCAUGCAAUUUAGAUUUUUUGGUAAUUUGUAAUUUACUGCUAUCUUUUAUUCCCUCUGUGUAAUUCAAGAAAAGAGGUUAAACGUCAGGCGUCAGCUUUCCAAUUUAUGGGUUUGAAGCCAAAGGGGAAUAAAAGAAGUUGAAGUUCCUCGACUGACCACUGGGGGCGGCUCCACGAGCAAGCCAAUCUCCAAUGACCGCAAUGUUAA